UAUAUUUACAUCCAAACCUCUUGAUCAGGGUGACCCGCACUUUGCUUUCACUCACGAGCACCUAUUCUUUCAUAUCAAUGUUGGAAGUGGUAUAAUUAUGAUUUCUCGAAUUAAAAGAGUGUCGUGGUAUGCACUGACAACCACCUGGACUCGGAGGUGCCGGCUGAUCCACACCCUUCCAAUCCCUCCCUCGACCGCUUCCCUAUCCUGCGCAGAAGACCAGGAAGGUGCAAAGGUUUGGCUUCGCUCGUUCGAAGAAGCAAAAACCGUCCCGAAAAGUCUUGUCGAGCUUACUUUCUCUCGCAGUUCUGGUCCAGGAGGACAGAAUGUCAACAAAGUGGAAACCAAGGUUUCCGCGCGCUGCCAUAUAGACGCACCUUGGAUACCAAUGUGGGCGCGCGAGAGCCUCGUGAUGACGCCGUACUACGUCAAAACAUCGCAUUCUUUACUGGUUUCAUCUACUGUGUCUCGUUCGCAAGCACGAAAUAUCGAUGAUUCCUUGAGCAAAAUGCAUACUAUCGUGAUGGACGCUGCAAAAAACUUUAUUACCAGCGAACCCAGUGCAAAACAAAGACAAAGGGUCGCCAAUCUAGAAAAGGCACACGACAGUCGAAGGAGACUGGAGAAGAAUAAACGCAGCGCCGUGAAGAAGAUGAGGUCCAAUAAGGGAUGGAGCGAAUAGGAUCUUGGUUAGUACGGUGCACGAGCUAUCGGUACAAAACCUAUCUAACUGAGUAUUGAGAAGUUCAUAACAGCAUUCUACGUCGCGGAUCUAAUACUCAAAUAACAGCCGAUAUCUUUAACGAUAUAUGAGGAAAAGACGUAAAUCGAGCAAAUUAAUUAACUCGGGAAUCGAGUCAUCGACGAGAAGUGCCACUUUAUCCAUACCGUGCGCCGAGCACACUUUUCGAGAAGCCAUACAUAGGGGGUGCUAUAUUCCCGAAUGCAGCAAGGAAAUUUGCAUGUAAUCUUGCAACCAAGGGGAUUAUACGAGAGCGCAGUAAUAUCGCUCCAAUAA